GGUUUAUGCGAUGAGCCGAUGGAAGGGGAGAGGGGCGAAAGCGGUGGCCGAGGCGGCGCCGCUGUCUGGAUUGUAUGACGAGAUCAGGCGAUGGUCGGCGCGUCUAGAGUGCGCAUUGAGCGCCUCCGGGGGGACGCUCGUGGCGAAUCGUCAGCAAGCUCGCCUUCUCUGCGCUACAGGCUUUGGAUCCGAUGUGCUCUCGACUCCGGAUCGUCGUGGAGAUGGCGAGGAUUUGGCGACUACACACGUCUUUCAGCUGAUGCUUGAGGAAGUUUUCUACUUGAGCUACGAGCUAGAUUGCCUUCGCGUCCAUCGCCAAAGCUCACAGGGCCGUGUGGAUCUUACACUCGAGGAAUUGUGGUGCUUGAUGCAAGAAUUCAACAGGGAGUUUGUGAAGAUCUACAAGGCUUACUCUCACCUAAGGAACAAGCGAUGGGUUGUUCGUCCUGGUCCACAGUAUGGAGCCGAUUUCAUGGCAUACAGGCACCACCCGACUUUGGUGCAUUCAGACUAUGCAGUUCUUGUUAUCUCGGUAGAUGAUCCCCAGAGCAGGCUGGCUUCAUGGACGGAUGUUCAAGGUAUGACCCGGUUGUGCGGCAGUGUAGCAAAGACACUGUUGGUGCUGUACAUCAUAGUUGACAUGGGCCAUGAUCUGUCUUCUCCAACGUAUUUGGAGCGAAUAAAAGUGGAGGAAGUAGAAGUGCGUCGAUGGCUACCACAGAAACACCGAGAAGACUCACAAUAACGUAAAAUGGUUUUUGAGGAAGGUUAGUUUACAUUCAAAACUUUGCUUAAUAAUUCAUGUUUAGUUAUAUUUAUUAAUACAAUUGAUCAAUCAGAAGUUUAUAACUA